AUGCUAAAUUUUAAACCAAAACAAUAUUUAAUUACCUUAAAUAAAUUACAGUAUUUUACCCCAGCACGGAAUCGAUGGAAAGUGAUAGCGGAGAGCAUAGGGAUACCGAAUUUGCAGGACGAAGCCGCCAAGGAGCUGGCCGACGACAUUUCCUACAGGCUAAAGCACAUCAUACAGGACGCUGCGAAGUUCAUGAACCACGCGAAACGCGUGAAGUUGAUGCAGAGCGACGUGGACUCGGCCCUGAAGUGCAAAAACAUAGAGAACCGCCCGUUUAGGUUUGCCAGCGGUGGCGGGCGGGAGUUGCACUUCAUUGAAGAGAAGGAGGUGGAUUUGAACGAUUUGCUGCAGAAUUUGAACCCCAAAGCGCCUCUCGAAGCAGCCCUACGUUCACACUGGCUUGUGAUCGAUGGGGUGCAGCCUACGAUACCCGAAAACCCGCCGCCGGUGGCCAAAAACGUCCAAAAAUUGGAAUCAGUUGACCCCAUAAACAAAAAACCUAUCAGCGAGACGUCUGGGAAGCCCACAACAGGCAAACAAAAGCUGAAAAACGUGGAAACCGUUCAAAUAAAACAAUUGGCAACUCAUGAGUUGUCCGUUGAGCAACAACUGUAUUAUAAAGAGAUAACGGAAGCUUGUGUCGGUUCGGAUGAAACGAGGAGAACAGAGGCCUUGCAAAGUUUGGCUUGCGAUCCAGGUUUGCACGAAAUGUUGCCCAGAAUGUGCACUUUUAUUAUUGAAGGUGUCAGAGUGAAUGUAGUGCAAAAUAAUUUGGCUUUGUUAAUUUAUCUUAUGAGAAUGGUUAAAGCUCUGUUAGACAAUCAGUCAUUAUAUUUGGAGAAAUAUUUACAUGAAUUGAUACCAGCUGUUACAACAUGCAUAGUAUCAAAACAGUUAUGCAUGAGACCUGAACUAGACAAUCAUUGGGCUUUAAGAGAUUUUGCUUCAAGACUUAUGGCGCAAAUUUGUAAAAACUUCAACACAAGUACAAAUAAUAUACAAACUAGGAUUACAAGGAUGUUUACCAAUGCGUUACAGCAAAACGAUAAAGUUCCUUUUCCGUCUCUGUACGGGGCUUUGCAAGGGCUGUCGGAAUUGGGGCCCGAAGUUGUCAGGAUUUUGAUAUUGCCGCACAUAAAAUAUAUCGGCUCGAAAAUCGAGACGCACCUCGAGGGCAACCUGCAAUCGAACAUCGACAAGAUCGCGUCGAGCCUCAUCAAGCAGCUGCUGGUGAAGGUGCUGGCGCCCGUGCUGAAGUCGCUGCGCAACCCGCCCGACAACCUGGACGAGUACCGGCAGGAGUACGGCUACCUGGGCGCGGCCCUGCACGUGGCGGUGGCCAAGGCGCGCGCCCAGCCCGCCGCGGUCGCGCCAGCCGCGACGACGUGCAGCGCCACCGGCAACAUCGCGACCAUGGGUACCGCGAUCGCGAGGACCGUGGCCACGCCCAGCGCCAUCUUGCAGCAACAGUCCUCCGCGCCGGGCAGGACGAUAGUCAUGAACCCGGGCAGCAGGGUGCCGCAAGCGCAGGGCAACCAAAAGUUCGUGUUCGUCCAGCAGAGGGCGCAGACAUCGUCGGGACAGGUGCAAACGCUGCAGCAACAGCAGCAGAUAGUAAAAAGUACAAGGGCAGCAAAAAGUGGUGCAAACGCAGCCGAAACUGGUCGUGGUUUCCAACCAAGGUUUCGUCCAGGGGCAAAACGUCAUGACCGCCAACCAGCCGCCGGUUUCCGUCGUGCAAAAACCGAACUUCACGAUACAGCAGAACAACCAGAAGGAACCCCCCAAUGUGGACGAUUUGUCGCAUCUAGCUUAGAAGUGUUUUCACAAGGCGAAGAGGGAAUCUAUAUAUUCCCAACAAAUCUUUGCAACCUGGAUUUCCACACACCCUGUGAAGUUACAGUCAAGUGGGUGGAGGCAAUACAAACAAAACUCCCCAUGUGCAUAGGGGGGGCCAUAUUCGGGGCAGAAAGAUUAAAACCCAAGCACAGGAAAUUAUACACUGAAAAAUAUCUGCCCUGGGCUAUAAAGACUGGUAAAAAUAUGGAUUUCCUACUAAAUAUUUAUUUUGAGAAAAGGUGGGAGCAAAAUGUGCAAGAAUUGUGUCAAGAAAUUAACAUGGUGCCUUUAAAAUUAGAGGAAUAG